CCAAGGGCCCCUCCGGCGACCGGCGCUAAGGAAUCCCACCUAAUCCCACCAUCUUCCAGGUUGCCCCCUCUCAAAACGCCCGUAUCAAAUUCUUCCCCUCCCUUCCUUCUCCAACCUCUCCUCCUUCCACCUCCCCCCUCCUCCCCCCCUCUCCCUCUUACACAACCACACGCCGUCACCAUGUCUGAGCCCAUCAGGAAUAAGAAACCCGACUUCCCGGUCGCUCCGACCCCGCAAAACACGCCGGCCAACAAUGCCCCCAUCUCAUCUCACGCCCAGCAGCCUGGUGUGUCCAGCAUCAAGGAAGAACCCUUGGAUAGCGCGGCUGCCGCCUCUCUUUUCGCCCGGAACCCGGCUCUGAUCAACAUGAUCCAGGGCAAGCUUGGCCAGCUCGUCGGUCGCUCAUCCGGCUAUAUCGAGUCUCUUCCCCCGGUCGUCCGCCGCCGCGUGGCCGGUCUUAAGGGCAUUCAGAAGGAGCACGCCAAGCUGGAGGCCCAGUUCCAGGAGGAGGUCCUUGAGCUCGAGAAGAAGUACUUCGGCAAAUUCACCCCCUUGUACGAGCGCCGUGCCACCAUCGUGAACGGUGCUGUCGAGCCUACCGAUGACGAGGUCGAGGCCGGAAAGGAGGAUGAGGAGGAAGAUGAUGAGGAGGAGACCAAGGAGGCCGAGGAGGAGACUAAGGAGGAGGGUGAGCCGGCGAACGGUAUUCCUGAGUUCUGGCUCUCUGCCAUGAAGAACCAGAUCUCGCUCGCCGAGAUGAUCACCGAGCGCGACGAGGAGGCUCUCAAGCAGCUCACCGACAUUCGCAUGGAGUACCUCGACCGACCUGGAUUCCGCCUCAUCUUCGAGUUCGCCGAGAACGAGUUCUUCACCAACAAGACCAUCACCAAGACCUACUACUACAAGGAUGAGAACGGCUACGGUGGCGACUUCAUCUACGACCACGCCGAGGGCUCCAAGAUUGACUGGAAGGAUGAUAAGGAUCUGACUCUCCGCCUGGAGAGCAAGAAGCAGCGCAACAAGAACACCAAGCAGACCCGCGUUGUUAAGAUCAGCGUGCCCACCGAGUCCUUCUUCAACUUCUUCUCCCCCCCUCAACCACCCGUCGAUGAUGACGAAUCCGUUGCUAGCGACAUCGAGGAGCGUCUGGAGCUGGACUACCAGCUGGGUGAGGAUAUCAAGGAGAAGCUGAUUCCCCGUGCGAUCGACUGGUUCACCGGCGAGGCUCUGCAGUUCGAGGAGCUGGGUGACGAGAUCGACCCCGACGACUUUGAAGAUGAGGACGAUGAGGAUGAGGACGAGGAUGAUGAUGAUGAGGAUGAGCGAGGAUCGGACCGGGAUGUGGAUGAUGACUCGGACGAAGAGGAUGGUUCCUCCAAGCCCAAGAAGGAGGCCGCCGAGUGCAAGCAAAACUAGAACUUCCCCGGGAUAAAAAAGUGGCUCGCCAUCAAGCGGAGCAGCUCACUGACAUGCUUCAUGGAAUUCCUUGUGAUUGACGUUAUUGCUAUGUUUCUUUUUUUUCUCUCUGUCUCUCUCUCUCACUGAUGCUCUUGUCCCCUCCCCUUUGCACUGCGUG